GUCCUCCCUAUAGGCUAUAACCACUUGUCUCUUUGGGAGUUGUCUUUUCUAGGUAGAGUAAUCAUAAAAGGCUGGCUUUAAAAUCUACGUAAUUAAAAAAGAUAAUUGAUAACCUAAUCAUUUAUUUGAGAGAAGAUAGUAGUUUGCCUUUGAGUUCCUGAGCAUAACCAAUUAUUAUGAAGUGCUUAUAACUCAUCGAACCCUUCUGUCCUGUCGCCUCCGGCGAUGACUGUCACUCCCCAAGGGCGGCCGCCGGAUCCCCCGAUCCCAACGGAAGCUAUGCUGAGCGAAGGAAAGAGGCUGGUGGACAUACCGGAAUCGCCUACGCGGAUGGAUGUCGAGGGUGUUGUAGUGCAAUCAGGGACGCCGACACCCAUCGUUUCUACGCAGCCAGGCAAGGAAACUACAGAGAUAUUCCCAUCGCUCGGGAACACAACCGCGCGGCCCCUGAUCUCUUAUGCUACCGCGGCGACAAGUAACUCUAGCCCGCAGCAACCCCCGAAGCCGCGGUGGAUACUUGUGGGAGAACAUGACUUGGUACCAGGGACAUUCAACGGUGAGCCGGAACUCAGAGUCUCCGACUCCCUCAGGAAUAAACUCAGUGCCCCUUGGCAACGAACUCUGGUGGUUAGGCUGCUGGGGCGCUCAAUUGGGUACUCGAUUCUGUGCAGCAGGCUCAAGGCUCUCUGGAAACCAACCAGCGAGAUGGAAAUUUUUGCUCUGGAUGAUGAUUGUUUCUUGGUCAAGCUUGGGAAUGAUAAGGACUAUUUCAGUGCUCUGUCGGAUGGUCCAUGGGUUAUAUUUGAUCAUUACUUAGUGGUACAGCAAUGGACUCCUUCCUUCAGGGUGACCGAUAAGCUUCCGAAUACCAUGGUCUUGUGCGUUCAGUUUCCGGGUCUUCCCGUCCAUUUCUAUCACCAGGAGCUUCUCUUUGCGCUUGGCAAUAUGAUCGGGAGAGCUAUAAAGCUCGAUUACCACACUCAACAUCAGCAGCGUGCCAAAUUUUCCAGAAUGGCCGUGGAGGUCGAUCUCUCGAAACCAUUGGUUCCAAGAAUUAGGCUCGACGGCAGAUGGCAGAAGGUGGAAUUCGAGAAUAUUCCGGUUGUGUGCUUUGAAUGUGGCAAGGUCGGACACACCAAGAUCACCUGCCCUUUAAUUUGCCAGAAUCGCUCAGAUGCUGAAGGUCAAGGAAGACUGCCAUCUCCGAUUUCCGACGCCGGCGUGGAGGUUUCCGGGGAUGUGGCUGGAUUUGGACCGUGGAUGCUCGUCACGCGGAAGUCUCGCCGUAAUCAAAGGGAAGGGACCGGCCAUGGUAACUCUGAUCUCAAAUCCCCAGCCUACAACGGGCACAAGGCCGGGAACUCGGGGAAAGGAGACGAAGACGGAAAGGAAAGUCUCGAGAACCCUCCUAAAAUGCAGAAUGGGAAAUUGGGGAAAGCGGUGGGAAGCUCGGCUGGGAAGAAAGAAGACGUGAAGAAAGGAAAGGCCCCCAUCGUCAAUAGUGUUGAAACCACAGAGAAAGGGGUGUUAGGCCCAAGACCCAACGCAGGUGACCAGGCCUCUCGGUCCACUAAGCCCAAAAACGAUCUCGAGGCCUCUACCUCAGCCACGGAAGGUCCACAGAAAGGAAGGUCAAACAAGUGGGUGGCUUCCAAAACCCACGAUGGGCCUUCCUCAGUAUCCUCACCCUCUGGAUCGGCCCAAAACGCUCAGGGAGAGUCUGAGACACGCAUCCGGAUCGUGGAGACGAUGCCAUACCCUUCUCCUCCGCCGCGAAUCGUCGACCCUGCAGCUCCUUCGGCCAACAUUCUCACCAAGCACAAAAAAGGAAAAAAGAAAGGAAUGGGCAGCGACAGGUCGGUUACACCACAUGGUACCCCGAUUCGCCAUAAUCCUUCAAAGGCGCUACAAGUUUGGUCGCCGGUUAAGGAAAAGAAAGUGAAAAGCAGAGAACGACGCGUCUCUCUAACUCUCCAACAAAUUCAGGAGUGGACGAAUGCAGUGAUUCCUCGGGACGAAGCAGGGAGAACUGCGGCGGUUCUGUCGAACAUGGCGAUUCAGGGUGAUGGGUCGGAUAAGGCGGCCGCGGGGACAGCUACAGCCUCCGAUCUCUGCUGACUUCUUCUAUCAGCCUUAUUUCUUCCCCUCCCCUUCUUUUCUUUUUGCUUAUUAUCAUGUCUAGCUCUAAUUAUCCUUAAUUCAAAAUUCUGUCGUGGAACGUUGGUGGUGCUGGGGGCAGGUCGUUCUUACCUCUCUCCGGCUUGCAAUUCAGCUCCACCGGCCUAACUUUGUUAUGUUGUUGAAACCGCAGGUCAGUGGCUCGGUUGCUGAUUCGGUCUGCGAGAAGCUUGGAUUCCCCGACGUUGCUCGUGUUGAGGCCACAGGCCGGAGCGGGGGUAUCUGGGCAUUCUGGAAUGCUCAGCAGUUCGAUGUUCAGAUUCACUCAGCGGGAGAUCAACACCUUACUUUAGCCAUUUGCCAGAACAAUUUGCCGAGUUGGUUUUUGACUGCAGUCUAUGCGUCUCCCCGGCAACACUCCCAAAGCUUGCUCUGGAACAGUUUGGUUGAAGAAAGCAGGAAUAUCACUCGUCCCUGGAUCCUAACUGGGGAUUUCAAUGCUAUCUAUCUCCGGACGAAAGGAGCGGUCCUUGUACACCAGCUGUUCUCCGCAGAUGCAGAAGAUUUAGCCAAUGGAUUAACCAGGCAGAGCUUGUAGAUUUGGGCUUUUCCGGCCCUCGUUUCACCUGGUCAAGGGGCUCACAAGCUUCCACGUUCAAAGCGAGCAGACUAGACCGUAGCCUGUGCAAUCUGAGCUGGAACGAAAUGUUCCCUGACACCACAGUCCUCCAUCUUACUCGUGUGGGAUCUGAUCACCACCCAAUCCUCACUUCUGUUGUCCAUCAGGGAGUCUCACAACCUUCUUCUAAACCAUUUAAGUUUGAAGCAGCUUGGAUUACGCAUGAAAACUUUCACAAUUUUUUAGCUGAAUCCUGGAACUCACAGGCUGCUCUCCCUCUUGCUUUACAGGAGCUGGCUUCCAAGCUACAAGGGUGGAAUAAUGAAGUUUUUGGUAAUAU